UACUCUGUGGCUUCGUUUACGUUUGGCGAUUUUGGCGUUUCUUUUUCUUUGCUUUUCUCAAAAAACGUUAAUUUUACUACGAAUAGCGUCUUUUAAACAAGAAUUACAUGAAACUGCGAAUCUGACUACCAUGAAGAGGCCCCGCCGCGGCAAGAAGCCUAAGGCGGCACCCGAUUUUGUCACGAUAUCCGACGUCCAAGAUGCCGAGACUACUUGUUCAGUUUGCGAAGCGGAAUUCCUGGAUUCCGAGGACUUGCGGGUCCACGUCGCUCAAGUGCACCCCUACACCGCCGCGGAGGGGCUCACGUGCCACCUCUGCUCGUCCACAGCGCCUGAUCAAGAGGCGUAUCUACAACAUGUAUGUUUCGAGCAUUUUCCCUCCUUGAAGUGUUGCCGGUACUGUUUGCGCGGGUUUAUAGAUUCAGAGGAACUAAGAAAGCACGAAGAGUCACAUGUUUGUGCUGUAGACAACAUGUUGUCGUGUUCGCAGUGUCGAGUUAUGUUCAGCAAGCCAAAAGAUUUGGAAGAUCAUGAAGUAGCAAACCAUUCUGAUGUUAAAGAUGGCGUUAUGCUGCAGAAGCACUACAAGCUACUGUCCAGCAUUCUGAACAUUAGAUCGGACAUAUUCUUGAAGUCUUUGUGUAGCAACAGCACGUUUAUGUGUGCACAGUGCAGGUUCACAACUUCAGAUGUAAGUGUCUAUGUGAAACACCUACAGAAAAAAAAAUGCACAUCCCUAGUAUGCGACCAUUGUGCUGGUGUGUAUCGGAGAAAAGCCCACAUGCGGAAGCACUUCAAACACAGCCGAAAGUGCUCCCACGGAUAUAAACCUGAAAAUAGUAAACUUAAAUGCCGAGAAUGUAUGCAGUUCUUUGAUAAGCGCACAUAUAAGUUCCAUGUGAAGAAGUGUCGCGCUUUAAGGUGUGUACCAUGCAAUAUCACUUUCACAACGGUAAAUGAGUUGACUUCGCAUCAGACGGAGAAACAUCCCGUCGCCAUGGUGUUGAGGAAAUGUAGAUACUGUCACCUGGAGCUGGUCGGGGCUAAAGCUUUAAGGCAGCACAUGGAACGUUGCCACCGCAAAGACUAUCACUUGUACAAGUACAAGUGUCCACAUUGCGUGUACAUCUUCAAACACCCCAAACAAAUGUUAGGCCACUUUUUCUCAAGACAUAAAGAUAUCAAACCUUAUUCGUGCAAAAUUUGCAAUAUAGAAUGGCGAAUUCGGAAGACUUUUACGAUUCACAUCAAAAUGGCACACAACAGUGUAGGCUUUGUUGAGUUUGAUAAGAACUUUAAUGUGUUCUUUACGGAAAAGAAGUUGGAGAAUGCAUUUACACCACCUGACAACCCCAGUUUGUAUAACGAGGCUGAAGAACAAGAGAUUCGAAAUUUUACAAAUGAUUACGAAACUGAUGAAGAAAAAAAGAAUACAAAGUCAGGUAACAAAAAAAGGAAAGUCAAUACAUCCAAAGAAGAAAGUUCAACUAAUCUUGAAACAGACACAAUGGCACCAACUGACAAUGAAACUGAUGCUGAAAAUGUCAAGAGAAAAGUUUUAACUCGAAAAAAGAAAUCUUUAACAAAAGAAUUACUGACUGAUGUGGAUCCUGACAUGAGUUCAGAUGACGAACCAUUGAUAGAUAAAAAAAAUAGAGCUAAAAAAAGUAUUGGCCCAAAGAAAUGGCAUUCGAAAAAACACAAGGUGCCUCUAAGACUGACUUGUAGCAUAUGUAAAAAGUAUUGUUACACCGUUGAGAACUACCACCGACACGUCAGUACACACUUUAAGAAUGAGUCAAAACAGUGCAUUAAAUGUGCGAAAUUAUUUACCUCAGUUGAUGAGCUCGACAAUCAUUUAAAAACUGAUCACGCUACAACCCACAUCACUGAUACGUUAAAAAGGCUGAUGGAAAAGCGCAAAAUGGUCACAUCUUUCAACAAUAUUGAACCUCUUUCAGAUAGAAUUAGGAGAACAGUAAAAAAAGUAUACGUACCACAAUCAAAUACUACGGCCACUUUGAAAUUAACAUCAAACACGGCAAAAAACUUCCUUGAAAGUUUCAUUCCUGAAACUGACGUCAGAAAAAAUGUUUCCAUAAACGACACACUUUGCAUUAAACCUGUUAAAGGUAAACUUGAAAAGCAGACAAAUGUUAUCAAAUUGACCAAGUUCAAACCAGAACCUAAAAUUACUGGGCCAGUUAAACUCAGGAUGCCUGUUCAAUUCAAUAGGUUCUUCAAAAAGACUGAACCCGUGAGUGCCACUAUUAAAGUGUUCCAAGGAGACUACAAAGAACCAAAACUUAAUUUUGACAGAAAACCAGCAAUCCCUGAAGACGAAGACAUACCGAACGACGAUUAUUACGAUGAUUACAACCAAGAGGAGGAAAAAUACGAUGCAAACAGCACACAAAACUCGACAAUACCAGAAGUAGCUCAAGAAGUAUUUUUAGAAAACACAGAGGACAUACCCAAGCACAUCACGGUAACAGAUAAUGCGAACCAAGGCGUUGUAUCUCAUAGCAUAGUUCUUCCCGCAUCGUUACCCACCGACGGUCUGCUCAACAACAUCCAAGUGGGCCAUUUGCAUCCUAAAGCACCCUUCUUCAAAAUCGUUCCUUUCGAAGAGAUCUUGAAUCCUAAGAAAGAACCAAGCCCAGGACCAGAGGAAGCCAAGGAGGAUGAUGAUGCUGAGGUGUUACUGCCGUCUGGCACGAAAUUGGUGAAUAUAAACCCGCUAGCGCAUCUACUGGGCGACAAAACUGAGAUGUUGCUGAAGAGCUUUGAGGAGAAAAGGAAGUAUUAUAAAUACAAACCCAAACUCAAUCUGAAAACAGCUUUACACUCCGCGCUGACGAGAUUAGAAGCGCAGCAACCUAAGCCUCGGAAAAAGCAAGCGCCUAAAAAGAAGAAAGCUGUGAAAGAUGACGUAGCUACUGAUGCUGCAGCCGCAUCAGCUGGUGAUGAUGAUAAGCCGCUAUUGACCCCGACACCGGCGAAAAAGCGGAGAGUGUCGAAAAAAACUGUUAAACCUUCUUCGUAAACUUUUUGUAAGAGGCACUUUUUUAAGUUCGUUGAACUUAUUAUUAAAUAUGUAAUGUGUAUCUAGAUUGUAAAUAUGAUUAUCAAUAAAUGAAUGUAUGAUGUUA